GUAGGGGGCAGCUCACGGCAACCAGACCUUGAUUUCCCAGGGUCCAACGGGAAUUUUGAGCCACGCCGAGAACUUAGGCGAUCGAUCCUUCAUCAACCGAGAACUGAUCUUGAUUUAUUAUUGGAUUAA